GAGAGAGAGAGAGAGUCGGGGAGGUCGAGGCGGUGGGAAUGUACUGUAGCUCCGGCGGGGAAGAGCGAAGGUUGUCCGGCCAAUGUCUCAGUUUUCCCUCCCUUCCCACUGAACCAGAGCCCCUCUCCGCCUCCACACAGACGGACCCCGCGUCCGGAGCGUCUGACGGCGGCUGCGGGAAAGGACUGAACACGGAGCUAAACUGGAGCUCCACUGCAGUGUUACAGUUACUCAUGUAACGAAGAUGUCCAAUGGAAAACAGGUGGUCUAUAGAGGCACUAGGUGGUGUACAGGGCUGACGUGCUGACUGUUUCUACAAAGAAGGACAACUCAAACGCAGACACACCUCUGAUGCCUCUGGCCAGUCUGAGCUCAUGGUGUGUGCUUGCUGGGAUAAACUAGUGGCCUGGCCAAAGAGCGCAGUGUUGCUACACACAAUACAGCCCACACAGGAUGUCGUGGGCCAGAGGCCUCUUCGUAGGCAGAGUGGAUGAGCGAAAGACAGCAUGGGGAGAGCGCAAUGGCAAAAAGAGGAAGGAAAGCUCGUCACUGUGCAACCCACACUACAUGAGCUGUCUCAGGGACCCUGAGGACCUGGAGCUGCCUAAUGCGGCCCCCCAGCAUUACCAUUGCGGCGGAGCAGGCACCAGUGGAGGCAGCUUUGGCCUGCGCUGCGGCUGGCAGGAGGACCACUACGGGAAGAGGCUGGGCGGCGGGGAUCUGGGUCUAAAGGCUGUGGACCUGGGUUUUGAAGACGGUGAGCUGAAGGGCAGGAAAGAGGAGGAUUUAGAAGAGGGCAGCUGCAAGACGAUGACCACGGCAGACUGCUGGAUGCGGGUCAUGUGGGUUUUCCAGUCCAAGAAAUUUCAAUCCACCAAGCUGGAGCGUCUGUACCAGCGCUACUUCUUCAGGCUCAACCAGAGUUCUCUGACAAUGCUGAUGGGAGUGCUGGUGGUGGUGUGUGGGGUCAUGCUGGCCUUUCACUGCAUCCACACGAUCCCCGACGUGGCCUAUGUCUCUGUACUCUCUGUGGCUAUGGCCCUCUUCCUGGCCAUGAUGGUGGUGUGCAACCGCAACGGCUUCCACCAGGACUAUAUGUGGAUUGUGAGCUAUCUGGUGAUCGGGAUGUUGAUUGUAGUGGAGGUUUUUGGGGUGCUGAUGGUGUACCCCUCGAGUGCCACAGAGGGCAUCUGGUGGACCGUCUUCUUUAUCUACAUCAUCUACACGCUGCUGCCGGUCAGAAUGAGAGCUGCUGUGGUCAGUGGAGUUGUGCUGUCCACCAUACACGUAGUGACCGCCUGGCAGCUCAACCAAGAGUACCAGUUCAUUUUCAAACAGAUCAGUGCCAACGUGGUGAUCUUCCUGUGCACUAACAUGAUCGGGAUCUGUACCCACUACCCUGCUGAGGUCUCCCAGAGACAAAGACAAGCCUUCCAGGAGACGAGAGGAUAUAUCCAGGCCAGACUGCACCUGCAGAGGGAAAACCAGCAGCAGGUAUACAUGUGCGCACAAAUUCUGCCAAGGCACGUUGCCAUGGAGAUGAAGGCUGAUAUCAAUGCCAAGAAGGAAGAUAUGAUGUUCCACAAGAUCUACAUCCAAAAACACGACAACGUUAGCAUACUGUUUGCAGACAUCGAGGGCUUCACCAGCCUGGCGUCUCAGUGCACGGCGCAGGAGCUGGUCAUGACGCUGAACGAGCUGUUCGCUCGCUUUGACAAGCUGGCCUCGGAGAACCACUGCCUGCGUAUUAAAAUCCUAGGGGACUGUUACUACUGUGUGUCAGGACUGCCUGAGCCACGGGCUGACCACGCCCACUGCUGUGUGGAGAUGGGAGUAGACAUGAUUGAGGCCAUCUCGCGUAUCCACAUCACCAAAGCCACACUACAGUAUCUGAACGGGGACUAUGAGGUAGAGCCAGGAUUUGGAGGGGAGAGGAAUGCUUACCUGAAGGAGAACAACAUUGAAACCUUCUUGGUGCUGGGCUGCAGCCAGAAGAGGAAAGAGGAGAAAGCCAUGAUGGCCAAGAUGCAGCGAGCACGUGCAAAUUCUGCCGAGGGAUUGAUGCCACGCUGGGUGCCUGACAGAUCCUUCUCCAGACCCAAGGAGCCCAAAGUCUACAGGCAGAUGGGCAUCGAUGAAGCAUCCAGCAAAGACAACCGCUGCGCUCAGGAGGCCCUGAACCCUGAGGAUGAGGUGGAUGAGUUUCUUGGACGGGCCAUCGAUGCACGCAGUAUCGACCAGCUGAGGAAGGACCAUGUCAAGAAGUUCCUACUCACCUUUCAGACUGCUGACCUGGAGAAAAAGUACUCCAAAAAAGUUGAUGAUCGUUUGGGGGGAUACGUGGCCUGCACUCUCUUAGUUUUCUUUUGCAUCUGUUUCAUUCAGAUGAUCAUUUUUCCAAAAACAACACUUAUGCUUGGUCUUUACAUCAGCAUCUUCAUCAUCCUCGCCAACAUCCUCUUCAUCUGUGCCAUCUACUUCUGCAUCAAACUCUUCCCAGUUGCCUUGCAGACUGUAACCAAGAAAAUAGUCCAGUCUCGUGCAAACAGCACACUGGUGGGCGUCUUCGCCAUCCUGCUCCUCUUCAUUUCCUCCUUUGCUAACAUGUUUACCUGCAGCAGAGAGAAACUGCAGGACUGUGUGGCCGACGAGCUGAACACAUCAUCAGUGACUCUCUGCCUGCUGCACAACCUGACUAAGACAGCGGAGGACGGUUUGACUCUGUGUUCCAGCCAGGCCAUGCCCUGCCAUUUCCCAGAGUAUUUCAGCUACAGUGUACUGCUGACCCUGCUGGCCUGCUCUGUGUUCCUCCACAUCAGCAGCAUAGGGAAGCUGGCUCUGAUGCUACUCAUCCAGCUCACUUUCCUCCUGCUGGUAGAGUGGCCUCAGGUGGCCCUGUUUGACAACGCAGACCUGCUGGUCAUUGCCAACACCCUGCAAUUAUCACCUGUAAAUGAUUCCCUACAACAGCCUGGUUUCAAUGAAACCGCAGAACAGUGCCUGGAGAGCGUGACCAAGGUAUCCCUAAAGGUCAUGACCCCUGUAAUCCUGACGGUGUUUGUUCUGGCUCUCUACUUGCACGGCCAGCAGGUGGAGUCCACCGCACGCCUUGACUUCCUCUGGAAGCUGCAGGCCACAGAGGAGAAGGAGGAGAUGGAGGAGCUGCAGGCGUACAAUCGCCGCCUGCUCCACAACAUCCUGCCUAAGGACGUAGCUGCCCACUUUCUAGCACGGGAGCGUCGGAAUGAUGAGUUGUACUACCAGUCAUGUGAGUGCGUCGCUGUCAUGUUUGCCUCCAUCAGCAACUUUUCUGAGUUUUACGUGGAGCUGGAAGCUAACAACGAGGGAGUGGAGUGUCUCAGGCUGCUCAACGAGAUCAUCGCCGAUUUUGACGAGAUCAUCAGUGAGGAGAGGUUCCGUCAACUGGAGAAAAUCAAGACCAUUGGCUCCACCUACAUGGCAGCCUCUGGCCUCAACGACUCCACCUACGACCGAGAGGGCCGUUCACACAUUCUGGCCCUGGCUGACUACGCCAUGAGGCUUAGAGAGCAGAUGAAAUACAUCAACGAGCACUCCUUCAACAACUUCCAGAUGAAGAUAGGGUUGAACAUGGGGCCAGUGGUAGCAGGGGUGAUUGGAGCCAGGAAACCGCAGUAUGAUAUCUGGGGGAACACAGUCAUCCGAUGGACAGCACAGGUAGUACCAGACUACAUCCAGGUGACCACAGACUUAUACCACGUGCUGGCCAACAACGGAUACCAGCUGGACUGUCGAGGUGUUGUCAAGGUGAAGGGGAAGGGGGAGAUGACCACUUACUUCCUCACCAGCGGUCCCCCGGGCAGUUAACAACAGAGAGGCCGACCGCAGCGUGACUCCCACUGCACUGACAAGACAGAGACUGCAGAGAGACUGAGUGGUCAGCUCGGUGAUGAGCACCGAGGCACGGUGCGAACACACUGGGGACAAGAGACGACCGACACAGACGAGCCCAGCCUGUCUGUGUGUUGUCACAUACUCAGAUGCACACAUGUAGGACGUUGUCCACGUUUGAAGGCUUUUUCCCAAGCUGCUCGAGAGAUCAUGAACCCCAGUUGCCUUAGAACGGAAGUGGCUAUGCUUGUGUUUAUGAGCAAUAGUACAAGUAUUUCAUCUGGAGUCGUUAUUUAUUUUUCGUGCGGAUAGAUUUUUGUGAUGACCUUGUACAAAAAAGAAAAUAUACAUACACAAAUAAAACAAAACUAUGUUACUUAAAAGAAAAUAUGCAAGGACAACAUGAAGGAUGAAAAUGACCAAAGAACAAAUGUUUAAUAUGAAACACACAUUAAUGAUUCUGUUCAAAAGUACAGUAACCUUAAGUAAUUUAUUCGUCUAUUGACAGCAAAGGCCACGGUAACGUCACUGUCGUUGAUAGUGACGAACGCUUUUUUUUUUGUUGUGGACUUAUUCAUGAAGGAGAACACAUACACAGAUUAAAAAAAACCAACACAAUAACCUUGGCUCGACUGGCUGUGUUUCUUAUCAGGGCCUUCUUUGUUUCUUCCAGCCUGUGAUUAGCCACAGUCUGGACACAAGGCUGUUUGUGGUUCACUGAAAUGUAUUUUCGAUUGAUUACUUGCUCCCUGCAAUGUAUUUUUGGUUCAAGCCAAAAACAAGAAGUAUGACAGGAAGGAAGAACAGUUGCAUUAGUAUCACGGUACUGAGAUUGUUAAACUGUUAUUAAACAUUUUAUAUAAGUGUGUGAGAGUGUAUGGGUGUGUGUGUGUGUGUGUCUGUAUGGGUGUGAGCACACGUAGCUGAAUGCUGAUCUUUAUCUAUAAAGGGGCAUACUGUAACUUUUCACUGUGAGGUUUUUAUGAUACUGUAUGACAAUGCUUUCUUGCCAAACUGGUUGCUGCAAGGCAUGUUUUAUAUUAUUCCUCAGAGUUGUGUGCCCAUUCCUGAUUUCUUGUGUCAAAAUGAUCCUUUGAAGAGAAUUAUGUCUACGCGCCUUUUACUGGACUGUGAUUUUGACUAAUUUCAUUCCAACCUAAAUAAGCAAAAGCCUACGAAACGUAUAUUUUGGAUUGUGUUAAAACAUGCGAACGUAAACUGGUUUCCUGACAGCUUCAGGAUUAACUGUAUGCAGGAAUUAUCUGUCUGCUCACAAAUAUUGCCUUGAGAUUAUGCAGUUCCAAGGUCCACAUACUUCAUGGACCAAUAUUCACAACUUUACACAACAGUAUUUGACGCUCGCUGGUUGUAUUUGGCACAUGGAGGCUUGAAACCCCCCAAAAUUAAUCAUUCAAAACAAUAAUGAUGUGAAUGUAUGUAAAAAUGAAUAUUUUUGUCCACAAUGAAACUACUACUGAAGAAAACCACUCUUUGCAUUGCCUUUGGUACUGAGGAAGGAGCUUAAUCAUUGUACUAGAGGCCAAAUUAAUUGGACUGUAUGUUUGCUGAAGAGCGAAGGUGCAUUUUAUAUUUAGACAAGCUUUACACCUGGUGUUGAUAUGCUCACUUUUCUGUCUGAGCCUAAAAGUGCUGCCUUCAUAGGGUACAAAAAAAGAUCCUCACUUUCACUUAUCCCUCUCUGUCCUUAAAAUGAAAGGUCAACUAAACACUUGCAUUUUCCUUUAAAAAAGUGGCAGAGUGUAAGAAAUAGUGCAAUGAUUUAUUUGAUUCAUUUCCCCUUGGAUAAGAAAUUAAUAAAUGGCUGUUUUUGCA